AAGGAACUAUUAUUAAAUUAUCUAAGUAAAUACACAUGCGGAUUAAUUGAAAAAUCAAGACUGUGGUUCGUAAUGUUCAAUGACAGAUAGAAAUAAUUUUUUUUAAUAUCUGUAAAUAUGAAAGCUAAAUUGUGUGUGUGUAAAAUCUUUUAAUACAAUGUCAGUCUACAGGUGACGCGUGUAGAGGUAUUAAGCAAUCGAAAAUAAAAUGUCAAAUGGUUAAAUGCCCGUUCUGAGAAGACAGAACAUAAAUAAUGUUGAGCAGAUGUAAGCUCAAACAGCAAGACAAAUUUCUUUUCAUAACAGAAAUAUGAAAUGGUAAUCAACUUUUUAAAUCAAUUAUAAAGACUUAUUUGAAGGAAUACUAACAAGUGAUACGCGGUGAUUUAAAUUAAAUGUUAUGUUUAAAAAGAGGAAAAAUUGUGAGCACAAGAAAUUUUAUUUAGUAUCAAGAUGUGUAGGUUAACCAAAAGAAAUUAAAGUGAAAUUCAACGGACGAUAUCGCGGCGGAGGCGAGACGGCGAUGUGUGCGAAUGAUCGAAGGCGCAAACUUGAGAUUACCAUCGUGUGGAUGCCAAAUUUCGAGCUAAUGUCCAUUUAUUCGUGUCGCCGGUAAAACGGUUUCGUUGAUAGUGCGGGCGUAAACAACGCAAUUAGACAUUAAUUCCUGAAGAAGAAAGUGAUAAACUGAUCUUUGUUCGAUUAAAACACAAGCUUUCGUUAGCGAGCUUUAAUUAUUUAUACAAUUCGCAAGCUCGCGAAUUCAGAUAAAUUUGGAUCACUACUCGAAAUCCUCGCAGCAAUUAGAUACGAUUAAUUUUUUUAUAAUUAUAUUCUAAAAUAAAAGAAUUAAUAAUCUUGAAUCAUCAUAGAAGAGCACAAUUAAAAGAAUAAUUUCGCAGAAUCAUAUUUUUUAACAUAUUCAACACAGUCAGAAAUAAUCCAUUAUCUAUUUCUAUAAUCUGUUUUAAAAGCUGCAAUAACGUUUACAAUCGUAAAAAAAUCACGAAGUGUAAUGACCUCAUCGAUUAUCAAAUAAUUAUUUUGGAAGGAAACAAUGUCCUUCUGUAGGAUCACAGGUAAAAGUCGGGGUCUUCCUAGGCCAAACUACUUUCCGCUUCUACCACCUAUAAGUCCAGCGGACGCAAAGCGAUUUUGUCGCAUCACUGGCAAAUCGUAUGGCUUGCCGACCCAUCAUUACAUUCCGGUAUUAUUGGGCGCGCACGCACAUGAUAAGUCGAAAUGCAAGAUCACGACGAACGCGUCAGGCCUUGGGCCACAUCAUUAUACCGCUGGUUUAAUCGUCGGCGAGAAAAAGAGACAUGUGAUGCUCAAGGAUUAUCGCUACGUCUUUCCGAUCCUGGAGGGCGAGGGCGAGCAGCAGCGUGCUCUGCGAGAACUUUUGAAUGCGAAGCAGACUCCGAUCGAAGAGGCGGAAAAGUUUGUGUACACAGUUGAAGAACGAAGAUGCAGUCUUGUGUUUCCAGCAAAAUUGGAAGCCGCUGUCAGAGAUGGAGAUGUCAAGGACGUAAUGCUUUCGAGGGAUUGCGAUACCGUUUUGUUAAGGCUGAAACAAGGCAAGAAUGUGUCCGUGGAUUUUAAGAACCUAGAAGAUUUCGAAAAUCUUUAUGAUGGUAUGGGACCGCGAGAGGAGGUGUUGAGAGAACGGGAAAAAUUAGAGGCCGAGACUAGAAAAAGAAAGAGAAAGAAGCAAACUGUAUUAAAUUACGCAAAAAAGUUCUUCGAAGAGAAGGAGAGAGCAGCUGACGAGGAAGAGCAUCAACGUACCAAGCAACUUAAACUAAAAAGUAUCAGAGAAGAAAUCAAAGAGGAAGCAGCGGAAAAUUGGAAGCACGUGAAUGCGGAGCAAGCGAAAAUGUUAUCUUCCGAUAUCGUAAACAUGUCAAACAUUCUGAAGGAUGCAUCAAAGCCAGUAUCCAACAUAUUAGACUGGAAUUCACUGCAGAAUAAUGCAAAAAAAUCAGUCGGCGUACCGGUGAUUGAGAAAAUACCGACACCCAUAAUGGCUGAACCACAAAUCAUAGAUCAUGAAUCAAUGUUAUACGCCAGUCCUAUAUUUGAGUCUGUGGGUGGUUUAGAAGCGAUAGCGAUUGCAAAGCCGUUGACACCUUUAAUUGCAAAACCGGAAAUUACGUUACAGAGAGCAAUUCAAAGUAUCUCGCAAAAAAAUCUCGAAGAGAGUGCAAAUGUGACGGAGAAGCUCUUGCAAGCUGGAGAACAAGCGUUAGAAUGUCUGCCUAAGAUAGAGGAAAUUCCCGAAUUAGUACGAAAUCUGCCUGCUGGUAAGAAAAAUACGAUGCAUAAUGUUAAAGGUUUGAAACUAGACAUUAAAUCGGCAGAGAAAUUUGUUGCUGGUCAAACGGUACACACACCUUCAGGCACUAUUUUUGUACCCGGACAAACCUUGCAGACGCCUCAAGGUCUCACUUUUGUACCCGGAUUAACUCUUAACACACCUGAUGGUCCCAUGUUAGUUCCCGGACAGAUUGUUACCGUGAACGAGUCGAAUGGAGUGAAGACACCAGUAUUUAUUGCCGGACAGACUUUAACAACGGAGCGAGGUGAAUAUUUCGUGCAAGGCCAGACAUUUCAUACAAGUGAGGGGAGUAAAUUUGUUGAGGGUCAGACCGUUCUGACGGAGGAGGGACCAAAAUUUGUAGCGGGUCAAGUAGUAACAGAUGGUACUUUCAUUACGGGUCAAACCGUGGCUACUUCGGACGGAAUACGUUUUAUGGCAGGUCAAACUGUUACGGAUUACCGCGGCAAGCCGGUCUUUGUGCCGGGACAGAAUGUCCAGAUUAACGACAGAUACGAAUUUGUACCAGGUCAGUGCAUUGAAUCACCGAACGGCAAAACUAAAUUUGUUCCUGGACAGACACUGUUAACGACUGAAGGUCCACAGUUUGUUCCGGGCCAAUACGUGACCACGAAGUCGAGCGAGAUGCAUUUUGUUCCUGGCAUUGCUAAAGAAACGGAUGAUAUUUCGACAUUUGUGCCGGGAAUGACACUGGACACUCCAAAAGGCCAGAAAUUUAUCGAGGGCCAAGUGGUAAAGACUCCAGAAGGUAUAGUGUUUUGUCCAGGGCAAACUAUCAUUACUGAAAAGGGCUUCGAAUUUAUUGCAGCAAGCAAGUUCGACGAAGUAAUCUUUCAAAACGCCGGUCCUGUCGGUAUACCUGUGAAUUCAAAGACUGCAAGUGCAGUAUCUCUUCAGCAACGUGAGAUCUUCGGUCACAUGGUGCAAACAGAGAAAGGUAUCGAAUUUUUCCCAGAGAAUGCGAGAAAUUUGCCGGAAGGCAGAAGAAUCGUUCCCGGGCAAUUGGUCACCGGCGACAAGGAUGGACCGCGUUUCGUACCAGGUGUCAUGACCGAGGAUGGCUUUCUGCCGGGUCAGAUAGUUAUGACGGAGAAAGGGGAGGAAUUUGUACCGGGUCAAGUAAUUGAUACUAGCAGCGGACCGAAAUUUGUGCCCGGCCAGAUAGUGGAGACCCGGACCGGACCUAAGUUUGUACCUGGUCAAACGAUAGAUACAUCGGACGGACCACGUUUCGUGCCGGGUCAAAUCGUUGAUACUAAGGUAGGGCCGACGUUUAUUCCUGGUCAAGUAAUCUACACCGAAGAAGAAGGAUCCAGAUUUGUGCCAGGACAAGUAGUGGACACGCCUGAUGGACCUAGAUUUGUACCAGGUCGUGUGGUGGAAGCCGGCGAAAUGGGUGUGACAUUUGUACCGGGACAAAUUGUACAGACAGAAGAGGGGCCUUGUUUCGUCGCUCCUGAUCUAAUUGAUACGCCUGAAGGCGAGCUGGAAUUUUCUGUGCAGGGUUUCGAGGUUACUCCUGAGGAGCUGCGAUUGCUGCGACCGCAGCAUUUGCAUUACAAUCCGCGUUUUCGUCAUCGCGGUGAAACCAGCAUAGACGCUAAGAUGUUACAUGAAUUAUCAGAGGCGGGAUUAUCUGUUGGGCGGAAAGUAACGACAAAUCUACCGACAGUAGAUGUAAACGUCGAUCCGAAAGCAGUGGCCUUAGAGCAUGCUCUUGCAGUGGCAACGACAAAGUUAAAUCUUCAAGGUAAUACGGCAGUAAAACUGGCGCAAGUCAUGUCAACGAUUGCGCAAUUAGCGAAAAACAUUGUCUUGCAACAACAACAACAGCAACAAAAUUUAAAUACUGAAAAUGCAAUAGCGUUAACAAAUGGUAAUCGAUCACUCGUUAUUGAAACUGAAGAAAUAAGAACAAAUAAUGAUAAUAACAUCGAGUCAUUUCAGAGUAUAAUAAAGUCAGCGAUCGCAGCAGCUGCCCUGAUGAUAUUGGAUGAUCAGCAAGCAAUAUUGGAUAACAGCAACUCUCAAGACUUCAUCUAUUCUUCCAUCAGUGAAUCUUUUAAUAUCCUAUUGCGGCAGAACGGUGGAGAUGUCGAUCAAUCAGUGGACGAAAUUCUAAAAAUUCUCUUGAUUCCGCAAAAUCGUAGUUCUCUUUGCCAAAGUGUAUUAUUAGAAUUGUUAGACACCAAGAACAGUAAAAUAGAUAUACUCAAAUCGACCGUGAGUUCAAGCCAACCGUUACGAAGAGAUGCCGUACUCGACAAAUUAUCGAUGGUUCUUGAGGAAGAACACGGUACUGACUUGAUUGGACCUGCCUUCAGAACAGUGUCUAAAAACGAUCCCGAAUUAGUGUCCCUUGUUUUGGAAAACGUAUCACGGCAUGUGGCAAACGUAGCGACUGAAAAAGAAGCUGCGGAAACGGUUCACAAAGCAAUUGUCCAAGCGGUUCGAGAAUCGAGUGAGAUUCGAGUAAAGGAAUUAUUGAACACCGAAGGACAGGAUAUUCGCGAGAUGUUACUUCAAGCAGUGGGGUUGGCACGAGCUUUAGGGAUGUCUGACACGGCGAACAGUUUGUUAUCAGUGAUCAGCGACGAAAAGUCUACUCGGGCCCUGGCGAACGAUCGAGUGACCAUGGAUGUACUGAAAAGGCUGGCAAUUAUGAGGAAACUAGCGGAGGAACGGCCACCUUUCAUGAACGCUCUCGGACAGCUAUGCAGUGAUCCUGAAUUGGCUAGAACAGAUCCGCGAUUACGAACGCUCGUGAGAGAGAGCGCCGCGCUAAUGAUAGUACCAGAGGAGACUCCGUUGAUCUCCUCAGCUGAUGUUCCAACCGCGUUGCUGUGCGCUGAUAACAGCCUGGCAAUGGAAGAGUUCCUACUGAGAAGAAGCCACAAGCGAUCGGCCAUCUUCAUGAUUUUGAAACAGGGUAUGCAGGCGGUGGUGCCUAGAGAGGCCUCCAGAUCGGUGUUAACCGGAGAAGUCGCUUACACCGUUCUCGACGAAGAUGGUAUACAUUAUUUUGAACCGUUACACGUGUUUUCGGCGCUCAGAUUGAAUCGUCCAGCCGCUCAUCGAUUCUCCAUGUACUGUUGCCCGGUAGCAAAGGAGACAGACAUUGAUAACGAAAUAAUGUCUACCACCUUUACCGGCACGACUUCGAUUGCGAGCAGUUUGGAUAGCUCUGCCAAUGGUAGUUUUAAUAAACAAGAAAGUAAUGGUACUGCAUCACUAUCAAAAUCCGAACAGUCGAUUGCUUUGCAUUCGAUCAGUAGAGAAAACACACCGAGUUUGAAGAGGGUGAAUGGUGCUCGGCAAUGGAAUAGCUUCGAACGGGGAUCUUCGGAAAAUUAUAUUGUCGUGAAGGACUACGUAGCGGACACCGAUGGAUUCACCGUGAACAUUGGCGACAUCGUCGAGGCCAUCGAGCACGAUGGUUCAGCAAAGAAAGCAAAGAUGGAUCCCGAUCUGGAGAUAGAAGUCGGUGACAUCUUGGACAAUUCAGCCGCCAAACAUAAACUUUCGAUUCGGCCACGUCGAAAUCACACAGAUCCGCGUGUUCGAAGAAGUCCGAGUAAUAUCGACUCAGAUUCGAGUCUUGAAAGGAUAUACGUUCGUACAUCCGACGGAAAACAAGGAUGGUUACCUUCAUCCAUUUUAAUGCAAACGGCGCUUAGUGAAGAGACUUCAUUAAUUAAUCGGCCAGAAGAUUCUCAUUAUCGACGAGAGGCUGUCGUGAAAGAGUUAAUCGAAACGGAGGAAGAAUUCGGCAAAGAUAUUCAGCUCGUCGUCGAACGGUAUCUAAAACCUCUCGACAACUCUGGCGUUCCACGAGCUGUACGAGACAAUAAAGAAAUUAUCUUCACUAAUUUGAAGCAAAUAGCUGAUUUUCAUAACACAUCGUUCGGCAGGGUGUUGAUCGAGGGUGUCAAGUACUAUGCGGAUCAACCACGUAUGCUUGGCAGAACUUUCUUGAGACUGGAGAGAGACUUUGACAAGCACGUGGCGUAUUGCAGAGACGAGCCUGCUGCUCAAGAAUUUCUACAAACAAAUGAUGUAGUACGCGAAUAUUUUGAGGAGUUAAGCCAGACUCUGGGUGACGACAAGAGUAUAUCAGAACAUUUAAAACUUCCGAUACAACGCAUAAACGACUAUCAGCUCCUGUUAAAGGAGCUGGUGAAGUAUUCGACCCGAUUAGGCGAAAACUGCGACGACUUACAAAAGGCUCUAGAGUUGAUGCUAGGAAUUCCUCAUAGGGCGACCGACAAUAAAUUCAUAAGUAAUAUCGAAGGAUACAAAGGAAACAUUCACAAACUUGGUAGAUUACUCACACAUGAAUGGUACACGGUUAUAGAUAAAGAAGGAAAAAGCAAAGAAAGAUACUUGUUCCUGUUUAAAGCACGAAUUCUUAUUUGCAAAGUCAGGCGGAUUUCGGAGGAUAGAUCAGUUUUCAUCUUAAAAGAUAUUAUUCGAUUACCAGAAGUAGAAGUGAAGGAUCAUCCCGACGAUAUACGAUCCUUUGAACUACAUAACCCGGCUGUAUCCAAUUAUCCCAUCACUUUAGUAGCUCACAAAGAUCCCGUGAAAGCUUACUGGCUCAGAGAAAUCCGUCAGUACGCUAGUGAUUUGGUUGCUCUCGCCGAGCAUGCAGCGGAUGAUCUUCAAGUAACUGAAGAAGUACCAGAAGGCAAAGAAGAACUCAAGAGCGACGAGAAGCCGGUACCGCUAAAAAUCGAACCACCACAAGCGAAUCCAGAAUUAUCUAAACCUAAAGCUCAGAGUAAUCCGAAAGAAGAAGCUAAGGCAAAUCCGAGUUCACCGAAAGCAGAUACGACCAAGGAUUCUACGAAAGUUGCAGAGAAGAGAAAGGACUCCGUGGGCACAACCGACAUAUCGGAAGUAAAGAAGACCAAGAUCGAGGAAGCGCAAACAGACAUGUCCCGGAGAUAUUCUGCGAGUCGAUAUAGCGCCUCUUCAAAAAUUGUGGAAGAAUAUUCGUCGAUAUCGAGCAAUCGUAAUGGCGUGUCCUCGUAUAUGGAAUCGGCGGCAUCCGCCAUCGAGACGAGAAUGUCUUCUUCGUCGCAAGGGAUGGGUCGGAUGUCAGAAACCACGACUUCUUACGAGACUGCGAUCGCUGGUGGUACGGCCGUGGACUCGAGCGUUGAAAGCAGAACUACUCAACUUCCUCUUGACACCGAUGCUGGUAAACCGGUGUUUAUCAAGACGAUAGAGGGAUGCAAUGUAGAACCGAUGCGACCAAAAAAGGCAUUGAUACACGCUAUAGCCGGAGAAGUUGCCACAUUCGAAUGCACGAUGUUAACCAGCGACUCGACUACUAGGUUGCAAUGGCUGAAGGACAACAAACCGAUGGAAGACAAGUUGGCUGAUCGGGUUAGCACUACAUUAACCGAUAACAUAUGCAAGCUUGAGAUUCAGAACGUUCACGAGUCAGAUUCCGGCAUAUACAUUGCACGUGCUCUAAAUGCAAACGGUGAAGCGACGUGUACCGCUCAAUUAGUGGUACAAAAAUUGAGUCCGGAAGAGAAGAAGGCAAGGGCAGAAGCGAACGCUCCUAUAUUUUUGGUGCGCCUGAAGGAUACCGAGCUGCUCGAAAAUACCUAUCUACGUUUCAUGAUUAAAGUCAAAGGAGAUCCUAAUCCGGAAAUAAAAUUCUUUAAGAACAGCACUUUGAUCGACGCGAAGCACGAACGCGUGAAAAUUAUUCGAGACAACGCUGAGAAAGGAUUUUACGAAUUGGUGAUCGCUGACGUUCAGAAGCAAGAUGCUGGAAAAUAUUCGUGCACCGCUAUGAAUCGUUAUGGCGAAGCUACGUGUGAGGCGAUGGUAACAGUGACAGAUGAAAAGCCACUAUUCCAGGGACUUCCUGAAGGUCUUCUUGAGCUUGGAACUGAACCACGAUUUAUUUGGAGUCGUGAUGGACAGCCGUUCGAUCCUGAGGAAAGAUUUAAGGUUCUCUUCAAGGAUAACGAGGACACCCUGGCACUAGUGUUUCAACAUGUAAAGCCCGAAGAUGCUGGUCUUUACACGUGUGUGGCGCAGACUAGCACAGGUAACAUUAGUUGUAGCGCCGAGCUAACAGUGCAGGGCGCCGUGAAUCAGUUGUUGAAGGAUCCGGAAAAGCCGAAACUUCAAACGGAAUCAAAGCAAUCUGAGGUGAGCGCCGGUGGUUCCGCGAUGUUAGAUUUGCAAGUGAAGGGUUAUCCCAAGCCGGAUAUCAAAUGGACCAAGGACGGUCAAGAGAUCAUAGCCGGUGGCAGAAUUAAGUACCUCUGGGAAGAUGAAGAAUCUUUGUCAUUGGUGAUUAAGCAGGUUACCGCUAAAGACGCUGGCGUUUAUACUAUCAAGGCGAAGAAUGAACUUGGAGAGGACAGUACGCAGAUCGAGCUAAUUGUGAAAUCUGCACCAAAAAUCACGAAAAAGCAAUCUGAUAUGAUGAUUCUCAUCGAAGAUACGGGCACGAUGACUGUUCAAGUGGAAGCCACUCCGGCGCCAGAAGUGAGUUGGUACAAGGAUGGUCAGCUGAUCGAAGAAAGCGAUCGUAUCAAGAUCAUCAAGGAAGGCAGUGACACAUAUAAGCUUGUGAUUAAAAACGCCAAGUUGACUGACGCCGGUUCGUAUUCGAUUGUCGCGCGAAACGAGAUCAAUCAAACGACCGAGAUCUGGAAGGUCGGUAUCAGAUGCCCGCCGAAAAUCAAGAAGGGACUAGGCGAGCCACGAGUAAUCAACGAAGGCGAUACACUGAAUCUCUUGAUCGAGGUGGAAUCUGACGGGGAACCGACAAUUAAUUGGUACAAGGAUGGGCAACUUUUGACCACGAGCGAUCGCGUCAAGAUGACGAAAAACGGAAAUAAUUAUAUACUGACAGUUAGCGGUGCAAAGGUGGAAGAUGCGGCGACUUACAAGGCCGAAGUGGUGAACAAGCAUGGAACGAUUUCGGACGAGACGAGAGUCAGGGUACGCGGUAUUCCGAGGUUCAAAACAAAACUGUGCGACAUCAGUGCGAACGAGGGAGAGUUGAAUAUCGAAUUCGAGGUCGAGGUGGAGGGUUUCCCAAAACCAAGUGUGCAUUGGUUUUUGGGCGAUGUUGAAAUUACAGAGAAACGUACAGAAUACACUCGCGUAGAGGAAGGUGACAAUUACAAGCUUAUUAUAAAGGAGGUGAAGACCGAGCUGAAGGGCUGUUAUACCUGCAAAGUGAAAAACGAAUAUGGCGAGAACUCGAGCAGUUCCAACUUGACAGUGAAUACUCGGCCAAAGCUUUUGAAGAAAUUGGCGGAUCAGAGGUUGAAAGAAGGUGACACGCUGACGUUGACAUUCGAAGUGUCUGGCACGCCAGAUCCGGAAGUCACAUGGUACAAAGAUGGCGAGGAAGUGACAGCGGAUGCCAGGAUCAAGAUUACCAGGGACAGUCAGCGUAAAGAGAGCUACGAUUUAACAGUGACAUUACUGAAGGGCAGUGACGGUGGCUUGUACGAGGUGCGGGCAGAAAAUGAGCUCGGUUACGUCACCAGCAAAAGCAAAGUCAUCGUGUUGACUGAGACGGAAGAUGAGAAGGUCGAAAAGAUAGUACUUCCGAAAGAAAAAACCGAAAAGGUGAAGAUGGAAGAAACGCAAGCGAAAAAGUUGGUGGAGGAACAAUUGUCGCAGGAAGAGACUUUGCGCGCUGAAGAAUCGGAAUCAGAAGGUCGCGUCAAACUGGAGAAACAAAACAUCCAAGUAAUUCAAGGGGACAAUGAAACAAUCACGAUUUCUGUGGCCUCUACGACAUCACACGAAGCUAUACUUACAGGUCCCGGCGAAAGUCAUACGAUCAGCAAGAUGACGGCAACCAAGGUUGAAUGUCGAGAAUUCGGUGUUGAUUCAGGACCCCACGUUGAGGAAGUUGCUUCUUACGCUUACACCGUGCAAGAAGAGAAACCUCAGAAAGGCGUGCUGAUUGAGGAAUUUUCAGAAACUGAGGAGAAGAAGUCAAAUUUAGGUAUCAAUCGAGGCGUCACAAUUGUAUCCGUUUCUGAUGAUGAAUCGACUUUGAAGGCAUUAUCACGAGACGUUAGUACGGAGGACAUACAGUUAGCUGAUCAACUCCCGGAAGAUCAGAAAACGACGAACGAUAUUCUCGAUGAGCUCUCCUCCAAUAAGACGCCAGAAAAAGAGAAAAUCUUGGAAGACAUAAAGUUUCAUAGAAUCGCCAAGAUUACAGAGACCAUUGCUGAGGAGCGAUCUUUAGAAGAACCAUUAUCGGCGACAUUAUCAAAUCAAACUUUGAAACGAGAAAGUUUGGAGAUGAAGACAAUAAACUUGCCCAGUCAAACCUCUACGAUUAACGAUAUAGAUCCCGUGAAAAACAUUGCGGAGAAAACUCUUGAUCAACCAAACUCAGCUAUCAAAUUAUCGAAAGAAACCGCGCAGUUUGAAGAGACAGAAGCUCCAGCGUUAUUAAGCGAAACAUUAUCGAGACAAAGUUCUCAGCAGGCACAGCUGAAUGAUGAUGAGGAAAUUGAUGACGAUAUGAAGGAUCUUUUAGCUCGUAUUAAACGGCAACGUAGUGUAUUAGAUGAAAUUCUCGAUAAAGAAUCAGGCAGAGAAUCAGCUCCGCCUCACGUCGUGAGCACAGAUCUCACCGAUAGAACAAUCUUCGAGACACAGAAUACAAAGUUUGAAGUGACGGCUACUGGUUUGCCAAGACCAGACGCAAAGUGGCACAAAGAUGGUAAAGCUCUUCGACCCGGGGAACGAGUGAGAAUCACAACUUCAGGAGAAUCGUAUGAAAUGGAUCUCAGCAAGGCGACCCUUGAAGACGAGGGUCUCUAUACGUGUGUCCUAACAAAUAAAUUGGGCGAAGAAAUUGUGGAAGGUUACCUAACCGUUGGAACCGUAGAUGAACUUCGAAAACCGAGAUUUACCGAACCUCUCAACGACGUCGAUGUCGCUUUCGAGGCUAAUGGCGAAUUUAAAGCUGUCUUCACGGCCGAUCCGGUUCCGGAUAUUACAUGGUAUUGCAAGGGUCAUGAAAUUCCACCUGAUGAUUCUAGAAUUAAGUGGACCAUUACUAAUGGUCCGGCAGCGGAUAAAUUAACAGAAAGUAAAGUUACAUUGAAAGUACCGAAGUGCACUAAAGAAGAUACGGGAGAAUAUACUUUAAAAUUAAAAAAUAAAUGGGGUGAAGAUGAGAGUAGCGCAUUCUUAAAUCUUCUAUUAAAACCGGAAAUUGACAGCUUUAGAGAUCAUUCCGAAUCAGUUGACGAGCGAGUUGAAUGGCAAGCUAUUAUUAAAGGAAAUCCGAAACCUGAAAUUAAAUGGAUGAAGGACGGCACGGAAUUGCAAAAAGACGAACGAUAUGAUAUGGAAGAAGAUAAGAGAAAUUGCAAAUAUAAACUUAUUAUUAAAAAGCUAAACCUAGAAGAUAAAGGCAUCUAUACAGUUGUGGCAAAGAAUUAUUUGGGUGAAGCAAGUGCUCAAGCUGCUCUCACACCUCACACUGAAGCUCCAGUUUUCCUGAAGGAUCUAUCGAAAACGCAAUGUAGCGAUCGCGAGGACGUCGAAUUGAAGAUUCGUACGACCGGCAUUCCGAGGCCGAGCGUACAAUGGUUGAAGAACGGCGAGGUCAUUGAAGAAAACGAAAGAUACCAAGUGACGACUCACACGGAUGGCAUAGUGGACAGUAGUCUUUCCAUCAAAACCUUCUCUGCGAAAGAUGUUGGCACAAUAACGUGUAAAGCGAGCAACGUCGCUGGAAGCGUGGAAACUAGCUGCGAUCUAUCUAUGACGUUGACCGAGCCUUCGUUCGGUAAAGCGUUACCAAGAUCGGCGGAGGUCGACGAGGGCGAGCCUCUGGAGCUGAAAGCUAAAGUGAAUGGCAGUCCAAUACCCAAUAUUGCCUGGUUUAAAGAUGGCGAGAAGAUUACACCGGAUGAUCAUGUAAAGAUCAGUACUCUACCAGACGGUACCACAAAGCUAACGAUUGACAUGGUAAAGCCCACGGAUUGCGGCGCUUAUAAGCUUGUAGUUACGAACUCUAGUGGUGAGAAUUCUUCACUCUGUGCCGUCGCUGUUACGCCCGAACGAAGGAGACCGUCGUUCACAAAGCCACUUGAAAAUACAAAGGCUGUGGUUGGGCAACCAUUAAAACUAGAAGCUCAAGUUUUGGCGUUCCCGAAUCCACAAGUGCAGUGGUUCAAAGAUGGAAUACCAUUGAGACAUACAAAAGAAAUGUACUUUAUGAACGAGCCAAAUGGUCUUAUCGGAUUGAAGAUGGAUUACGUGCGCCCGGAAGACGCAGGGACCUAUUCAGUAACUGUAUCUAAUGCGCUCGGUGAGAUUACGGGUACAGCUAAGGUAGAAGUGGAAGAAAGAGAGAAGAGACCAGAAUUUGUUGCAAGUCUUCAACCGCAAACUGUUGUCGAGGGUUUUCCUGUGAAAAUGGAAGUAAAAACUAUAGGAAAACCAACACCUGAACUCAAAUGGUUGCGAAAUGGUGAAGAAAUUGUUCCGGAUAACAAACACGUAAAGAUCGUUAGUCAACCAGAUGGUAGUCAAGCUUUGAUUCUUGACAAGGCAAUGCCAGAUGAUGUCGGUGAAUAUCAGGUGGUAGCCGGUAACACGGAAGGCACUGCAUCCUGCAAAGCUAAACUAGAUGUUGCUGGCAAAGUGAAACCGGACACGCCGGAAGAAAAGCCAGCAUUUACCAGCCCCAUGCGCGACGUAUCUGUCGAAGAAGGUCAACCAUUGAUGCUAGACGUGUCAUUUGUUGGCAAUCCACUUCCCGACGUGAGUUGGACGAAAGAUGGUGAGCCGGUUAAACCGUCAGAACGCGUGAUAAUGAGCUGCGACGGAAAGAAGGUCGGUCUACAAAUUAAUCCGUGCAAGCCUAAAGACGCGGGCGUCUAUGGCUGCCAACUGAACAAUCCACUGGGCGAAGACACUACCAGUGCAAACGCUAUCGUCCGCAAGGUCUAUCAAGCGCCGACAUUUACACAGAAGUUCACGGACUUACAGCAGCUACCCACGUUCGAUGCUAAGUUUCCGGCUCGCGUCACUGGCAUUCCGCAACCGGAGGUAACUUGGUAUUUCAACGACAAACCGAUUCUAAAAGAUGACGACAAGUACAAGAUAAAGCACGACGGCGACGCUUAUUGCUUAUACGUGAAAGAUUGCGCAUAUGAUGAUUCGGGACGGUACAGGUGCAGAGCAGUUAACAAGGGCGGCGAAGCGGAAUGCGUGGCAAAUCUGGCUGUAGUCGACAAAAUCCAAAAAAUGCAGAAAGUCGAGCCGCCGACAUUCCUGAAGAGAAUCGGCGAUUGUGAAGUCUACAGAGGCAUGCCAGCCAAGUUUACUGCGUGCGUCACGGGAUAUCCAGAGCCUGACUUCGAAUGGUAUCGCAAUGGUGACCGACUUUGGCCGACUGAUCGCAUCAGGAUGGAUCAGGAGGGUAGUUUAUUGCGGCUUACGAUAGUCAACGUAGAUGAUCUGGAUGCCGGAAAAUACGUAUUGAAAAUAUCUAAUCCUCACGGUGAAGAUUCGUGUUCCGCCGAGAUGGUUUACGAGUCUUUGGAGCCACGCGCGAAAAAACCUCUUGCAGACCAAUACACAGAUUAUGAUAAAUAUGGAAAGUCCGGCAUUCCAUUACCUCUGGCAGAUCGUCCGAUUAUCAGCCGCAUGAUGGAUCGACAUCUUACCCUUUCAUGGAAGCCGUCUAUUCCGAUCGGGCCGCGAGUACCCGUGACCUAUUUAGUGGAGAUGUGCGAGCUUCCGGAUGGCGACUGGUUCACUGCUCGCAGUGGUAUUCGCAGCUGCGUCUGCGACAUUCGUAAUCUUGAACCGUUCCGCGAUUACAAGUUCCGCAUUCGCGUGGAGAAUAAGUAUGGCAUAAGCGACCCGUCGCCAUUUGCGCAAACCUAUCGCGCCAAAUUAGAGCCGGAACCACCUAAGUUCUUCCCGUACCUGCCACCUGGUAUUGACUUCCGUCCUGAGACCAGUCCUUAUUUCCCGAAAGAUUUCGACAUUGAGCGACCGCCACAUGAUGGUUAUGCUCAAGCGCCUAGAUUCUUACGUCAAGAACAUGACGCUCAGUAUGGUGUGAAAAACCACAACUGUAAUCUCUUCUGGUUCGUUUAUGGCUAUCCCAAGCCGAAAAUGACGUAUUACUUCAAUGAUCAAUUAAUUGAAUCGGGUGGUCGAUACGAUCAGAGCUACACUAGAAAUGGCCAGGCAACUUUAUUCAUCAACAGAAUGCUUGAGAGAGACGAGGGCAUCUACGAGGCCGUUGCUACGAAUGAACACGGCGAAGCCAGGCAGAAAGUUAUCUUAAAGAUCGCUGAAUAUCCCACAUUUAUCGAAAGGCCCGAGGAGACUAUUGUAAUGAUGAGAAGAACUGGCCAAUUGACUGCUCGCGUAACUGGAGUACCUUAUCCGGAACUCAAGUGGUACAAGGACUGGAAACCUAUAGCUUCAUCUUCCAGAAUAAGGAUUCAAUUUAUUGAGCCCGACAUCACGACUCUCAUUGUCAAUGACGCCAUUGUGAAAGACGAAGGUCUUUACUCGAUCAGCGCUGGUAACGUGGCUGGUUCGAUAUCCUGCUCAGUAAUGUUGCAUGUGGAGGAGGAUGAGCACGAAUACGGAUACAGAACGUACAGAAAGAAAAUGGAUGUGAAACCACGCGACAAACCGUUCGACGACUUGUAUGAUCUAGGUGACGAGCUGGGUCGCGGCACUCAGGGUGUGACUUAUCAUGCAGUCGAGAGAAACACCGGAAGAAAUUACGCUUCUAAGAUUAUGCAUGGACGCGGUGAUCUCAAGCCAUUCAUGUAUAAUGAGAUGGAAGCGAUGAACAAUCUGCAUCACCGCAAAUUAUUGCGGUUGCACGAUGCUUUCGAAACGAACGACUCAGUUACGCUGAUCAUGGAGUUAGCGGCCGGUGGUGAAUUAGUAGACAAUCUCACGAGACAAGAACAUUAUACUGAAAUAGACAUCGCUCGUUAUAUACGUCAAUUAUUAUGGGGAUUGGAAUAUAUACACGGAAAUCAUUACGCACAUCUCAGUCUGACGCUCGGUGACCUGCUAAUCUCCCAUGCUGGAGGAGAUGAUCUAAAGAUUGGAGAUUUCGGAUUAGCUCGUAGAAUUUCGCAGACAAGGCUAAUGACUUUGGCAUAUGGCAUGCCAGAAUACGUUGCACCAGAAAUAACUAAUAACGAAGGUGUCAGUUAUGCCGCGGAUAUGUGGUCCGUUGGCAUAAUUACUUACAUUCUGCUAUCGGGUAUCUCACCGUUCAGAGGUGCGAACGAUAGAGAGACGUUGAAGAAGAUCAGAGAAGGCAAAUGGGAUUUCGAUGACCGGUGGAAAAAUAUUUCGAAUGAAGCGCAGGAUUUUAUUCGCAGCCUAUUGGUGUACAACGUUGAUAAAAGGAUGGAUGUUAGAACCGCGUUGACUCAUCCAUGGUUCAAUUAUAUUGACAAUCCGCCACCAGAACCUUACAGAAUACCUUCAGAAAACUUAAAGAAUUAUUAUAAACUUUAUCGCGAUUGGUACAAUAAUGCUUCAUGCCGCACAUGGUAUCGUAGAAGAAAACUAGAAACAGCGUUUGACGAUCCAUCACGUAUGGUAUAUCCACCUGGACAUAAGUUUACACCCGAACCUGACAGAAGUCAUAGCCCAUUGAAGAAACGUUCGCCUAGGACAUGGGAAAAUCAAAUACCAUCUAGAGAACCGAUCGAUACGGAAAUUGGAAUAAUCACAAGUGAAAGCCAUUAUCAGAAUGGUCCAGACACAUAUCUUCUUCAGCUACGAGAUACUGAUUUUCCUGUACGACUACGUGAAUACAUGAAAGUCGCAUGCAAUCGAAGCCCCGGAUUCUCACGUUCUAUUACCGAAGAUAACGGCUUUGACUGGAGAACACCUAUUAUACGCGAACGUCGUCGAUUCACGGACGUUAUGGACGAGGAAAUUGACGAUGAAAGGAGGGCUCGUAUCAAUCGGUACGGAUCGGCGGAUACGUUUACUCUUAGACGCUUGAAGAAUGAAUUAGGUACUCGGUUAGACAGUUACGCUGAAGCUGAAGCAAUGAUCGAAUCGAAGAAGGAUGGUCAACUUCCAUUCUUUCGCGAGAAGCCGCAGAUUUGCCCGAUCGAAGAGGGAAAACCGGCGCAUCUUACUUGUCUGGCAGUGGGAAAUCCGAAGCCACUAAUACAGUGGUUCAAGAAUGAUAUGGUCAUACAAGAGAAUAAUAGGAUCAAAGUGACAGAAGAUUCUGACGGAAGAUCUAUACUCAAUUUUAAUCCUACGAAGGAGCAUGAUAUCGGAAUAUACAAAGUUGUGGCGAGGAAUCCGAUAGGACAAACGAUCGUUAGAACCAGGGUGUUGCAGGCAACGGUUCCUUGUGGUCCGGAUUCUCCAGAGGCUUCCGAUGUUUCGGAUACCGAAGUUCUCCUGCGAUGGAAACAGCCAAAAUACGAUGGCAACUCACCCGUGCUAUGCUACAAUCUACAAUACAAGGAAGGUGAUUCGAUCGCUUGGAUAGACGUCGCCUUUAACAUUGAUCACGAGUUCUAUCUAGUGCGCAAUCUAAAACAGGACACGAGUUACAAUUUCCGUCUAGCAGCACGCAACCGCAUAGGAUGGAGUGAAAAGGGCAUUCCGUCAAAGUUAAUCAAGACGCGUCUAUUGGGUUGCCCGAAGGUACAGAUUACGCGAGCGAUGAGGCAUCUCCAGGAACUAACCGAAGCCGGUCAGGAGAUUGUUCUGGAAGAGGAUAAACCGCACAUCGAUUACUCCAUAGAACGGAAUCCGAUUAAAUGGUCGGUAGAACCACAAUUGUCCACUAAAUAUAGUUUCAUUUCGGAGUUAUCGCGCGGACAAUUUUCCGCGGUCGUGAAGGGUGUGGAUAAGAGCACAGAUCGUGUGAUCGUUGCUAAGAUCCUGGAAUUGAAUGCUGAGACAGAGAAGCAAGUUAAUCGAGAAUACGAAGUAUUAUGUUCACUACGACACGAGCGGAUAGCUAUGUUGGAGGCUGCCUACAAAGUGUCUGGCUCCCCUGUGGCGAUAUUUAUCAUGGAGAAACUUCAGGGCGCCGACAUACUCACGUACUUCUCUAGUCGGCAUGAAUAUACAGAGAACUGUGUAGCGAAUGCUAUCACACAGAUUCUCGAUGGCCUUCAGUAUCUUCAUUGGCGUGGAUAUUGUCAUCUAGAUAUCCAGCCAGACAAUGUUGUGAUGUCAUCGGUGAGAUCGGUUCAGGUGAAGUUGGUUGACAUGGGUUCCGCACAUAGAGUCAGUAAAUUAGGCACGAAUGUACCCAAGCAUCUGGGCCAUCCCGAAUAUAGAUCGCCCGAACUCUAUAACGAUGAACUUGUCUAUCCGCAAACGGAUAUCUGGAUGGUCGGUGUAUUGAGUUAUGUAUUGCUGUCCGGAGUUUCCCCGUUCCGUGGUAAGGAUGCGGACGAGACCAGACAGAAUAUAUCUUUUGUCAGAUAUAGAUUCGAGUAUCUCUAUAAAGAGCUGAGCCAAGAAGCCACCAGAUUUCUUAUGCUGGUCUUUAAACGUGCGCCAAGCAAAAGACCAAUGGCGGAGGAAUGCCAUGAACAUCGAUGGCUACUACCGACCGAUUUUAUGAUUAAAAAACGCGAAAGGGCUGUAUUUCUAGGCAACAGAUUAAAGGAAUAUAAUGAGGAGUACCAUGAAGAAAAAUCGAAGAUCGCUUCCGAUAGUGACAGUUUAGGGAGCGAAAGUUUGUUGGGCUCUAAACAGAAACUCAUCAGGUCAACCAGUAUACAAGAAGAGUUACGGACCACGUUCUAAUGGAGAGCUGCAAUUUUUUAUUUAUAUUUAUGUACACACAUACACACACACACACACACACACACACACACACACACACACACACACACACACACACACACACACACACACACAAUGGCCAUACCAUUUCAUAUACCUAGUUUAUAUUCGAACAACACGGAGAAAUAGAGAAAAAUCAUUUCUCUUUGUUUUCUCUUUUGUUAUUAUUUAUUUGUUAUAACUUGCAAUUAUAACAAAAAUCGUUGUCGACUAAUCGUCGAUGUUUCGCCAAUUUUUGUUGGCAAUCAAAUUUUCAGCCGUCCGUUAAUUGAACAUAACACAUAAAAUUAUGACCUAUACAUUUUAAUAAAAAGGCACGUAAAAUGAUAAAUAAAAAAUCAAUUUUUGUUUGAAAUAAGAAAAUGCCAAUUAGGCACAUUGUACGAAAAUUAUAAAUAAAUACUUAACAAUA